CUGACGAGCUGGCCGGAAGCUAAACUGCCCUCAUCACCCACACCAGAGGAAUACACUCUCUGACAGGUCCAGCUCACCUCCAGCUCGUCCCAGACCAUGAAUAUUGUGGGCCAGUUAGCAGAGACGGUGUUUGUGACUGUGAAGGAGCUGUACCGUGGCCUUAACCCUGCCACGCUCACCGGAGGGAUCGAUGUCAUCGUGGUCCGGCAGCCCGAUGGAUCGUUCCAGUGUUCCCCCUUCCACGUCCGCUUUGGCAAGCUCGGAGUUCUGCGCUCGAAGGAGAAAAUUGUGGACAUUGAGAUAAAUGGAGAAUGUGUUGACCUGCACAUGAAGCUGGGAGACAAUGGAGAAGCUUUUUUUGUGGAACAAAAUGGAAAUAUGGAGGCCCAGGUCCCAGCGCAUCUCUGCACCUCUCCAAUUCCCACUGAGGUCCCUGAGGAGCCAGAGGAGGGAUCCUCCUCUGCCGGGUCUGGUGCUCGUAGGAAGAAACGCCGCCGCAAACGCAUGCGCUCGGAUACUCCUCUGAGAGAAGAGAACUCGUCAUCAGAUGAGAGAGAACGAGAGAAGGAGUGGGAGAGAGAAAGUGAUCAGGGUGGACAGGAGAGUCCUGGUCAAGAGGAUCUCGUCUCACCGUUACAACUCAGUAAAUCAGUGUACUACUCGCUGUCUGAAGAGCUAAGUGAAGAGUUGAGUCCCACGAAGACCAGAGACACUCGCUCGCACUCGGACGGAGAACAGUCACCCUUGGAAAGCAGCAGCGUGUUUUACAGUCGGCCGUCUUCUCCUAAGAGCGACUCAGAGCUUUUGGUUAAACCCGAAGAUUCCCCUGGACUUCAGAUGCAGUGGAACUGGGGAGGGUUUCCCAUGCUGUGUGAGACAGAGAGGACACCAGUGGACUUACAGCCCAUCUCCCAUUCUGGGAGUUCUCAUUUCUGCACAAUUGAGAGACAGGACUCCUUUGAUAUGGGCUUGGAGCCUGUGAUCAGCUGUGGAAGAGUGGGCAGCGUAACAGUGGUCAGACCACAACCCAGGACUCAGUCCCUCGACCUCAGCCACGCCAUGCACAGCACUCCUUUAUACAUUGAGACAAACUCUCUCAGUGAACUCUCCACCUCUAAGUCUUCAUCAUCAGGGAAGACGGAUGUGGACUCAAGACAAACACUUGAAACCACAUCAGGAGAAGAAGGGAACAGAGACUCAUCUCUUUAUUCUGCUAGUCUGAAUAAUGGUACUGACUCCCUUGAUAGCAAAGAAAGCACAGUUGCUAUUGAGCACGUUAGCACUUUGACUGAAACAGUUGGUACAGUUAUGGCGGCCGGUGUGAUCACCGUAGAAACAAGUGCAAGUAGUACAGUGUUGUCACAUCUACAACAGCAGGGAGCUUCCUCUGAACAAAGUGAACGGGGUUCAACCUGUAGUGCCCCUGUCAGUGAGGGGGACAGUGGGAUUGAUCCCUGUGCCGAUGGAGGGGAAGAGGUCAACGGAGCGGGAGUGUUGCAGGCAUCAAACGGAGACACUCUGUCCAACAGCACUGCACCAAAAGAUGAAGCUGGAGACGUGAGGGACGACUCGACGGCUGCAGAGGGGUCAGCAAACUCAUCUGAGGUGUCUUCCAAAGUGGAGCAAGAGGGCAAAAAGAAAGGCAAACGGAAUCCCCAUCUAGAACCAACAGAUAUUUACUUGGAUGAUUUGACCUCACUGGACCCAGAUGUGGCUGCACUCUAUUUCCCAAAGAGUGAAGCAGAGGGAGCAUCUCUGCAAGGGGCGGAGCAGGGCUCACUCUCAGGGAGUCAAUCCCCUCACUCAGUGGGCAGCGGGGCCGUAGACAGCGGCACAGAGUACCUGUCAGACUCCACCUCCUACAACAUGGACAUCAGCAUGUCCCUCUGCGGACGAGAGGGCGGCACCAGCCAGAUCACCAAAGAAAAGUUUAUGGAGCACAUUGUGACCUACCAGGAUUUUGCUAAAAAUCCAGGGAUCAUUGAGGAUCCAAGUCUUGUCAUCUGCAUCAACUCCAACUAUUAUAACUGGGCAGUCGCUGCCCCAAUGGUCUUAUCAAUGACAACUUUCCAGAAAAGCCUUCCCACGACGUCGAUAGAGCGCUUGGUGAAGGACAAGAUGCCCAAGAAGUCUGGACGCUGGUGGUUUUCCUGGAGGAGAAGAGACAUUGACAAAAACCAACUAACCAACUCUAAGGAGGCACAAGAGGAGCAGCUGGUCAGUGUUUCUUCCACAGUGAAAGCCACACUGGAUGACAUUGAGAGUGAUGAGGUCGCGGGGCUCGGACGGAAAGCAACGCUCGUUUCCAGCGAAUCAACAGACACCCUUAUUGCGACUCAGUGUAUCAGCCAGAUGUACCGCAAAUCCCUCCGCCUGACCUCUAAACAGAUAGAACACUUAAACCUGCGUGAGGGAGCCAACAAGGUGGUGUUCAGCGUGACUACACAAUACCAAGGCACAUGUCGCUGUGAGGCUGCUAUCUACCUGUGGAACUGGGACGACCGGGUCAUCAUAUCAGACAUAGACGGCACCAUCACCAAGUCUGAUGCUCUCGGCCAUAUUCUACCUCAGUUUGGAAAAGACUGGACGCACAAAGGCAUUGCCAAACUCUACCACAAAAUACACCAAAACGGUUAUAAAAUCCUGUAUUGUUCAGCGAGGGCUAUAGGUAUGGCUGCCAUCACAAAGGAGUACCUGCAGUGGGUCAAUGACAGAGGCACUGUGCUUCCUAAAGGCCCUGUACUGCUGGCUCCCAGCAGCCUCUUUUCAGCUCUACACAGAGAGGUGAUUGAGAAGAAGCCAGAGGUGUUUAAAGUUGCUUGUCUCAGUGACAUCAAGGACCUGUUCAGCCAGCAGAAAUGGCCGUUCUACGCCGCCUUCGGCAACAGGACCAACGAUGCUUACGCCUAUAAGCAGGUUGGAGUGCCUGACACCAGGAUAUUUACUGUCAACCCAAAAGGAGAGCUCAUCCAGGAGAAGACCAAAGGCAACAAGUCCUCGUACUGUCACCUCAGUGAACUGGUGGAGCAUUUCUUUCCUGUGCUCUCUGCUGAGGGCAGCCUGUCCUCUGCCUUUGACUAUCCUGAGUACAGCAGUUGCUCCUAUUGGAAGGAUCCUCUGCCAGAACUGGACCUGGAUGCACUACUGUAGAAACAUGCCCACAUUUAACAAAACACACACACAGACACA